UUCUGUGGGUUUUCAAGAUGGCGUCAAGCGGAGGAGAUGAACACGAAUGGACAGCGGCGGUGCGGCCGCUUUUAUCAGCCUCGUACACCGCCUUUGAAACGAAGGAGCUACCUCAGCUUGUCGGGUCUAUAAUAAACAGUGAAACAGAUAUUCUACACCAUGACAAACAGUACGAGCCUUUCUACUCAUCAUUUGUGGCUCUCUCCGCCCAUUACAUCACCACAGUAUGUGGACAGAUCCCAAGAAAUCAGUUGCUGUCGGUGGCAGCUGCGUGCAAAGUAUUAAUCGAGUUCUCGUUACUGCGGCUGGAGAACCCGGAUGAAGCAUGUGCAGUUUCACAGAAACACCUGAUUCUUCUCAUAAAAGGACUUUGCACUGGCUGCAGCAGACUGGACCGCACAGAAAUCAUUACUUUCACUGCUAUGAUGAAGUCUGCCAAGUUGCCUCAAACCGUCAAAACCCUUUCAGAUGUGGAGGAUCAGAAGGAACUGCCCACUACUACUGUGAACCCUGAGCUUCGACAAAAAGAAGUACAGAUGAACUUCUUUAAUCAACUCACUUCAGUUUUUAACCCGGACCUUACCACCAUCCUGGCCUCCCCUUCAACAACGCACAUGCAGACGGAGAGUGACUGCGACGACCAAACUUCAGACCAGGCUCUUCAGGCCAAAAUGAAAAAUGCCUUUGUAUCUCAGAAUGUGUCAAGCUUACAGGAACUUGGUGGGUCUGAGAAACUGCUGCGAGUGUGCCUCAACCUGCCCUACUUCCUGCGCUACAUCAACCGUUUCCAAGAUGCUGUGUCGGCCAACUCGUUCUUUAUCAUGCCUGCCACCGUGGCGGAUGCUACAGCUGUCCGCAAUGGAUUUCAUUCUUUAGUGAUCGAUGUAACAAUGGCGUUGGACACACUCUCUCUUCCUGUUCUCGAACCUCUGACUCCAGGGAGACUUCUGGACAUGACUGUGCUGGCUCUGAGCUGCCUCUAUGCUGGUGUGAGUGUGGCUACCUGCAUGGCUAUUUUGCAAGUUGGGAGUGGUUUACAGCUCCGCUCUGCCACCACUGGGACGAAAGAGGAGGAUUAUGAAAAUGAUGCUGCCACAAUUGUACAAAAAUGUCUUGAAAUUUAUGAAAUGAUUGGACAAGCCAUCAGCAACUCUCGCAGAGCUGGAGGAGAGCAUUACCAGAACUUCCAGCUGCUCGGUGCUUGGUGCCUGCUGAAUAGUCUGUAUUUAAUCCUGAACCUCAGCCCCACUGCUCUGGCUGAUAAAGGCAAAGAAAAGGACCCUCUGGCUGCUCUCAGAGUACGCGACAUCGCUGCUCGCACUAAAGACGGAGCUGGUUCACCCAAACUUGGGCCUGGAAAAGGCCACCAAGGGUUUGGAGUUUUGUCUGUCAUCCUGGCAAACCAUGCCAUCAAACUCCUGACCUCACUUUUCCAGGAUCUGCAAGUAGAAGCUCUGCACCGGGGGUGGGCGAGUGAUGGUCCUCCAGCUGAACUCAACAUCAUGGCCCAGAGCACUUCUAUUCAGAGAGUUCAAAGACUCAUAGACUCUGUGCCACUCACCAACCUCCUGUUUACUCUGCUCUGCACCUCAUACAAAAAGGCUUGUGUUCUCCAGCGACAGAGGAAGGGUUCAGUCAGCAGCGAUGCCAGUGCCUCCACAGAUUCUAACACUUACUAUGAAGAUGACUUUAGCAGCACAGAGGAGGACAGCAGCCAAGAUGACGACAGUGAGCCAAUUCUGGGGUUGUGGUUUGAAGAGACAAUAUCCCCAUCGAAGGACAAAGUAGCACCUCCACCUCCCCCUCCCCCUCCGCCUUUGGAAACAUCUCCCAGGUUAAAAAGCCCGAGCAAGCAGAACCCAAGUGAGAAUGGGAAUAUUUUAGCUGGACGCAAAGACCCAGAGCUGUUUCUCAGUUUGGCCUCCAGUAUUUUAAAUUUCAUCACCACAUCUAUGCUCAAAUCAAGAAAUAACUUUAUUCGCAACUACCUGAGCGUGUCACUGACGGAGCAGCACAUGGCGACUUUGGCUAGUAUCAUUAAAGACGUGGAUAAAGAUGUGAAAGGGUCGUCAGAUGAAGUGUUUUCUUUAGCUCUGUAUCACUUCAAUCACACUUUGGUCACGUCUGAUCUUCCAUCUCCAGCUCUACAGAGCACACUACUUCAGCAGUUGGGGGUGGCCCCUUUCUCAGAGGGCCCCUGGCCUCUGUACAUCCACCCUCAGUCUCUGUCAGUCCUGUCCAGGCUGCUGCUCAUCUGGCAGCACAAGGCCACACUCCAGGGAGACCCAGAUGUCCCAGAGUGUAUGAAGGUCUGGGAAAGAUUCUUGGGAACCCUGAAGCAGCACACUCUCCAGGGCACAGUGCACGGAGAUGAUGACCUGAACGUGGAGCACCUCCAGCUUCUGUUGCUCCUUUUCCACAACCUCUCUGAGCGCGGCCGCCGCACCGUGCUCACGUUGGUCACACAGGCCAUCGCUGAAGUGGCUCAGAGCAGAGACUCACAACUCAAGGCUGUGCCCCUCAACCUGGCACGACUACUGCUGGUGUUUGACUACCUGAUACGGCACUACUCCAAAGCUCCACUCUACCUCUUUGAACAGGUACAGUACAAUCUCCUGACUCCCCCCUCGUCUGGGCCCAGCUCUGCUCAGGAAGGAGGCAAGCGCAGCAGUUUGCCUCUGUACUAUGGCUUUAAAGAAGUGGAAGAAAACUGGGCCAAGCACUGUUCAGCAGACUCAAAUGUUCAACCCAAAUUCUACUGCGUCCUGUCCCCAGAGGCGUCUGAAGAUGAUAUAAGCAGAUUAGAUGGGAAGGUCUUUCCAAAACUCUUCAGUGGAGCAGUGAAAUAUGACGAUCUCUACUCUUGGCUCAUCUCAUUGUUGGCAGCAGGCUCCCAGUUUGACACAGCCAGGAGACAAGAGACAAAGCCAAUUACAGCAAUGGAGGCAUGUUCACUGCAGUACUACUUUCUGGUGCUGUGGAGGAUUCUGGGAGUUCUGCCCCCAUCAAAGGCCUACAUCGAGCAGUUGAAAUCGGGCUGCAGUGACCCAACUGAGAGCGACAUCCUCCACACUCUCAGAUGGUCCUCACGCCUUCGAGUGUCUACCUACGUCAACUGGAUCAAGGAGCACUUGGUGAAGCAGGGAAUGAAAGCAGACCAAGCAACUGCACUGGUGGAGUCAACAGCAGCUCUGUGCAGUACAGUCAAAUAUGAUGUGGAUUUGGCAGAGGAGUACAUCGCCAGACAGAUUUCCACCUUCUCCAGCGUGGACCCUCGUGCCAUCCUCCCUCUUCGUCAGCUGCCCUCUCUUCAGGCCAUCUACACUCUGGAUGCUGUAAUCUCCAAAGUGCAGGUUUCUCUGGAUGAACAUCUGUCCAAAGUGGCCAUUGAAGCAGACACACAGAAGUCCUCAGAGAUCACCAAGAACCUGCUCCCGGCCACACUGCAGCUCACAGAUGUGUACACAGCAUUUACCAGGUCGUACCUCCUGAUGAACAUCCCAGAGGAAGGAGAGAAUAAACUGACUGAUGCUAAACUCCAGGGCUACGCUGCUGUUCUGUCCAUCGGAUCAACGCGCUGCAAGGCCAAUAUGCUGGGUCACAGUGUAAUGCAGAACCUGCCCUCCGCUGUGCAGACCGUGUGCGAGACCUGGAACAGCAUUCACACCAAUGAGUUUCCUAACAUUGGCUCCUGGCGAAAUGCGUUUGCCAAUGACACCAUCCCAUCUGAGAGCUACAUCAGUGCCAUCCAGGCCGCUCACCUGGGCACUCUGAGCUGCCAGUCUUUACCACUUGCGUCUUCAUUAAAACACAUCCUGCUGUCUUUGGUUCGCCUCAUCGGAGAUCUCAUUGUAACGGAGGAGUUGAAUCCGUCCCAGGUCGUGCGCACACUGUUGCCGCUGCUGUUGGAGAGCAGCACUGAAAGUGUGGCAGAAAUCAGCAGCACUUCACUGGAGCGGAUCCUGGGGCCUUCUGAGUCAGACGCCUUCCUCGCCAGGAUUUAUGAGCGUUUAGUGACGGGCUGUUACAACAUCAUUGCCAAUCACUCAGACCCCAAUAGUGGUUUAGAUGAGUCUGUCCUGGAGGAGUGCCUGCAAUACCUCGAGAAGCAACUGGAAAGCAGUCAAGUCCGGAAGGCGAUGGAGGAGUUCUUCUCAUUUGGUGGUGAACUUGUCCAAAUCAUGAUGGCCACAGCAAAUGAAAACCUCUCUGCAAAAUUCUGCAACAGGGUUCUGAAGUUCUUCACUAAACUUUUCCAACUAACCGAGAAGAGCCCCAACCCGAGCCUGCUGUGUCUGUGUGGCUCUCUGGCUCAGUUAGCUUGUGUGGAACCAUCUCGUCUACAGUCCUGGCUGACGAGAAUGACAGCUACCCCGCCGAAGGACUCAGAGCACCUAGAUGUGGUACAAGAAAACCGCCAACUACUGCAACUGCUCACCACACACAUAGUUCGAGACAACAGCCAGGUCGGAGAGGGCGUGUGCACGGUGCUCCUCAGUACGCUCAUACCCAUGGCCACGGAUAUGUUAGCCAAUGGGGACGGGACAGGCUUUCCAGAGCUGAUGGUGAUCAUGGCCACUUUAGCCAGCGCUGGACAAGGAGCAGGGCAUCUGCAGCUACACAGGGCAGCUAUAGACUGGCUGACGAGAUGCAAAAAAUAUCUGACUCAAAAGAAUGUAGUUGAAAAAGUGAGCACGAAUCUAACACAAGGAAAGCAUGCCAGUAUGCUGGAGUGCUCGUGCCACAUCAUCUCGUAUCUGGCCGAUGUGAUGAACGCGCUGAGGCAGAGCAGUGGGCAGGGGAACUCCUCUCUGUUGGUGGAUGGAGAGGAGAAGGCCAUGGAGGUGGACUCAGACUGGGUGGAAGAGCUGGCGGUGGAGGAGGACGACUCCCAGGCUGAAGAUUCAGAUGAAGACUCUCUUUGCAACAAACUUUGCACCUUCACCAUCACACAGAAGGAGUUCAUGAACCAGCACUGGUACCACUGUCACACCUGUAAGAUGGUGGAUGGGGUAGGUGUGUGCACAGUGUGCGCCAAGGUCUGUCACAAAGACCAUGAGAUCUCCUAUGCCAAAUAUGGCUCUUUCUUCUGUGACUGCGGGGCCAAAGAGGAUGGCAGCUGCCAGGCUCUGGUCAAACGCAGCCCCAGCAGUGGGAUUGGCUCCACUCUGAAGGAGUCUUCUGCCUUCCAGAGUGAACUGAGAAUGCCUGAAAGCGCCAUUCGCCACCAGAGCUCCUCUCCGUCUGAUAAGGGAAAAGUGACCAUCUGCGACGGGAAACCUGGAGACGAAGACCGGCCCAAGAAGAGCAGCGUGUGCAAAAGCAUCGAGGGCUGCCAGGAAGAGCUGCUCUCACAAGUGAUGGGCUCGUCCACUGCAGCAGCGAUCCUGGAGAUGCUCAUGUUUCUGAUGGAGGCCAUUCAGACGAACUUCCAGCAGGCCUCAGCGGUGGGCAGCAGCAGCAGGGCCCAGCAGGCUCUCAAUGAACUGCACACUCAAGACAAGACUGUGGACAUGACCGACCAGCUCAUGGUUCCCACUCUUGGGUCUCAGGAAGGAGCUUUUGAAAACGUCAGAAUGAACUACAGCGGAGACCAGGGCCAGACCAUCCGACAGCUCAUCAGUGCACACGUCCUGAGGAGAGUGGCCAUGUGUGUGCUGUCCUCACCACACGGACGCAGACAGCACCUCGCCGUCAGCCACGAGAAGGGAAAGAUCACAGUGCUGCAGUUGUCCACUCUCCUGAAACAGGCCGACUCCAGUAAAAGGAAACUGACUCUGACCCGCCUGGCCUCAGCUCCGGUCCCUUUCACUGUGCUCAGUCUCACCGGAAACCCCUGUAACGAAGACUACCUGGCUGUUUGUGGACUCAAGGAUUGCCAUGUGCUCACGUUCAGCAGCACAGGCUCCGUGUCUGAUCAUUUAGUUCUUCAUCCACAACUCGCCACCGGCAACUUCAUCAUCAAAGCGAUCUGGCUCCCCGGCUCACAGACUGAACUCGCCAUCAUCACUGCAGACUUUGUCAAGGUUUAUGACUUAUCUGUAGAUGCCUUGAGCCCCAUGUACUACUUCCUUCUUCCCAGCUCAAAGAUUCGAGACGCUACUUUCCUUUUCAAUGAGGAAGGCAAAAACAUCAUUGUGAUCAUGUCUUCGGCGGGUUACAUGUACACUCAGGUCAUGGAUGAAUCCAGCAGCGCUCAGCAUGGGCCCUUUUAUGUCACCAAUGUUCUGGAGAUUACCCAUGAAGACCUAAAGGACAGUAACGGUCAGGUGGCGGGUGGAGGCGUCUCUGUGUAUUACUCCCAUGUGCUGCAGAUGCUCUUCUUCAGUUACAGUCAGGGAAAAUCCUUCGCCGCCACAGUGAGCCGCAGCACCACCGAAGUGCAGCGUCUGUUCACCAUCAACAUCAAAGGGUCAAAUGGAGGCAGCAGUAAGAUGUCCCCAGCUUUGUGUCAGUGGUCUGAAGUUAUGAACCACCCUGGCCUGGUCUGCUGUGUCCAACAAACUACAGGAAUACCACUGGUUAUAAUGGUCAAACCUGACACUUUCCUCAUCCAAGAAAUCAAAACUCUCCCAGCCAAAGCUAAAAUUCAGGACAUGGUUGCGAUCCGGCACACUGCCAGCAACGAGCAACAACGCACAACUAUGAUUCUGCUCUGUGAAGACGGCAGUUUGAGGAUUUACAUGGCCAACGUGGACAACACCUCCUACUGGCUACAGCCGGCACUGCAGCCCAGUUGUGGCAUCAGCAUCAUGAAGCCUGUCCGCAAACGCAAGGCUGCUGCCACCACUACACGCACAUCCAGUCAGGUGACCUUCCCUGUAGACUUCUUUGAGCACAACCAGCAGCUGACAGAGGUGGAGUUUGGAGGCAAUGACUUACUCCAGGUUUAUAACGGACAACAGAUAAAACACAGACUCAACUCCACUGGGAUGUACGUGGCCAACACCAAGCCUGGAGGGUUCACAGUGGAGGCGGUCAAUAACAACAGCUCCAUGGUGAUGACUGGGAUGAGGGUUCAGGUGGGGACCCAGGCCAUAGAGAGAGCUCCUUCGUACGUGGAAGUGUUUGGACGAACCAUGCAGAUCAACCUGACCAGAGCAAGAUGGUUUGACUUCCCCUUCACCAGAGAGGAGGCGUUGCAGGCGGACAAGAAGCUGUCAAUAUUCAUUGGAGCGUCUGUGGACCCAGCGGGAGUCACUAUGCUGGACUCCAUUAAGAUCUAUGGUAAAACAAAGGAGCAGUUUGGCUGGCCCGAGGACCCUCCUGAAGACUUCUCCUCAGCUUCAGUUAAUAACGUGUGCAGCCCCAACCUCAACCAGGGCAACGGCUCCAGUGACGGGGACAUUUCCACCCCCACCACAGCCAGCGGCACUGUGCUCGAAAGAUUGGUAGUCAACUCCCUUGAGGCGUUGGAAAGCUGCUUUGCCGUGGGCUCCUCUGGUGAAAAGGAAAAGAACAAAACUGCCGCACUGGAGCUCGCCACUCUGCUCCUGUCCAUGCCCACACCCACAGGAGUCCAGCAGCAGACCAAGGGGCUGUUGGCCAGUCUGCACACCAGCCGCACAGCGUAUCACAAUCACAAGGACCAGUCAUUGCUGAGUAAUGCAGUGCAGUGUCUGAACAGUAGCACUCGAGAAGGGAGGGAGUUGGACCCGGACGUGUUUCAGAGACUCGUGAUCACAGCGCGCUCCAUUGCCAUAAUGAGACCAAACAACCUGGUUCAUUUUACAGAGAACAAAGCACUGCAUCAAGAUGAUGAUGGACACAAACUGGUGGAUGGAGAAAGCUGUAAUUUCAUCACUCAGCUCAUGAACAACUUCUGGAAACUACACGCCCUUAAACCAAAGAAUGCUUUUCUUGCACCCGCUUGUCUGCCAGGCUUAACCCACAUUGAAGCUACUGUAAACGCUUUGGUGGACAUCAUUCAUGCCUAUUGCACUUGUGAACUAGAUUACAUCAAUGUAGCCUCCAAGAUCUAUAUGCAAAUGUUACUAUGUCCAGACACAUCGGUGAGCUUUGCUUGUAAACAGGCUCUGAUCCGAGUGCUCAGACCGAGAAACAAGCGCCGCCAUGUCACCCUCCCCUCUCCUCCACGAUCUAACACGCCCAUAGGAGACAAGGACGAUGACGACGACGAUGAUGCUGAUGACAAAAUGCAGUCUUCAGUUCUGACCGGAGUAGAGGAGGGGCGGCAGGAGAGUCAGGAGCAGAGUGAGGUCGACCACGAGGGCUUUGAGAUGGUUUCUGAGUCCAUGGUUCUGGACACGUCAGAUAAUGUGAACAAUGGAAACCCGUCUCCUCUGGAGGCUCUGCUGGCUGGAGCCGAGGGCUUCCCCCCGAUGCUCGACAUCCCUCCAGACGCAGACGAUGAAACGAUGGUUGAACUGGCCAUCGCUCUCAGCCUGCAGCAAGAUCAGCAAGGCAGCAGCAGCAGUGCUCUUGGCCUACAGAGCCUGGGUCUCUCUGGCCAGGCCCCAAGCUCCUCUUCACUGGACGCUGGCACUCUGUCAGAUACCACUGCCUCAGCCCCGGCCUCAGACGACGAGGGCAGCACCGCGGCCACAGACGGCUCUACUCUCAGGACGUCUCCAGCCGAACACGGGGGCAGUGUGGGGUCUGAGAGCGGGGGCUCCGCCAUAGACUCAGUGGCCGGGGAGCACAGUGUCUCUGGCCGCAGCAGUGCCUAUGGGGACGCUACAGUGGAGGGGCACCCUGGUGGUCCAGGCAGCGUGAGCUCCAGCACCGGGGCCAUCAGCACCACCACAGCCCAGCAGGAAGGAGAGGGGUCAGAGGGAGAGGCCGAGAACGAGGGGGACAUCCACACCAGCAACAGACUCCACAUGGUGCGCCUCAUGCUGUUGGAGCGCCUUCUCCAGCACCUUUCUCAGUUACACAAUGUGGGUGGAGUCCAGGCCAUCCCGUACAUGCAGGUCAUCCUUAUGCUGACCUCUGACCUCGACGGAGAGGACGAGAAAGACAAAGGCGCGCUGGACGACCUGCUUGCUCAACUCAUCGCAGAACUGGGCAUGAACAAGAAGGAUGUCUCAAAGAAGAAUGAACGUAGCGCCAUCAAUGAAGUCCACCUGGUCAUCAUGAGACUCCUCAGCGUCUUCAUGUCCCGAACAAAAUCUGGUUCCAAAUCCUCCUCUGAGUCUUCGUCUCUCAUCUCCAACGCCACAGCCACUGCCCUGCUCAGUCUGGGUGCCAUUGACUACUGCCUGCAUGUGCUCAAGUCUUUGCUGGAGUUUUGGAAGAGCCAACAGGGAGAAGAGGAAGCAGUGACCACCAGCCAGCUGCUCCGACCCCACACGGCCUCCUCUCCCCCAGACAUGAGCCCCUUCUUCCUGCGUCAGUAUGUGAAGGGCCAUGCUGCUGAUGUAUUUGAAGCUUACUCACAGCUCCUGACAGAAAUGGUGCUCCGACUGCCCUAUCAAAUUAAGAAAAUUGCAGAUACCAAUCCACGUAUCCCUCCACCAGUCUUUGACCACUCCUGGUUCUACUUUUUGUCUGAGUACCUGAUGAUCCAGCAGACCCCGUUCGUCCGGAGGCAGGUCAGAAAGCUGCUGCUCUUCAUCUGUGGCUCAAAGGAGAAGUACCGUCAGCUCAGAGAUCUCCACACGCUAGACUCACACGUGAGGAGCAUCAAGAAGCUUCUGGAGGAACAGGGCAUCUUCCUCAGAGCAGGAGUUGUGACCGCCACCUCUGGGUCCGCCCUCCAGUACGACACGCUUAUCAGCCUGAUGGAGCACCUGAAAGCUUGUGCUGAAAUUGCAACUCAGAGGACCAUCAACUGGCAAAAAUUCUGCAUGAAGGAUGAUUCGGUGUUGUACUUCUUGCUCCAAGUGAGCUUCCUGGUGGAUGAGGGCGUCUCUCCAGUCCUGUUGCAGUUGCUCUCUUGUGCUCUGUGUGGCAGUAAAGUCCUCGCCACCUCUUCCUCCAACUCCUCCUCUUUCUCAACGGGCGGCUCCGCCAACGCAGGCCAGACCGGCGCUUCCCAAUCGUCCCAGAGCAAAUCCUCCAGCAAAAAGAGCAAGAAGGAAGACAAGGAGAAGGAAAAAGAAGGUGAGGGAGGGGGAAGCCAGGAGGACCAGCUGUGCAUGGCUCUCGUCAGUCAGCUCAACAAGUUUGCAGAUAAAGAGACUCUGAUCCAGUUCUUGCGCUGCUUCCUCCUGGAGUCCAACUCAUCGGCUGUUCGCUGGCAGGCCCACUGUCUGGCGCUGCACAUCUACAGGAACUCAAGUAAAUCCCAACAAGAGUUACUGCUUGAGCUGACGUGGGCGAUUUGGCCUGAGCUUCCUGCCUACGGCCGUAAAGCAGCUCAAUUUGUCGAUCUGCUCGGAUAUUUCUCUCUCAAGACUCCUCAGACUGAGAAGAAGUUAAAGGAAUAUUCUCAAAAGGCUGUGGAAAUUCUACGGGCGCAGAACCACAUCCUGACAAACCACCCCAACUCUAACAUCUACAACACACUGUCAGGUCUGGUGGAGUUUGAUGGCUUUUACUUGGAGAGUGACCCUUGUCUGGUCUGCAACAAUCCUGAAGUGCCCUUCUCAAAUAUCAAAUUGUCCUCCAUCAAAGUGGACACUCGCUACACCACCACACAGCAGGUGGUGAAGCUCAUCGGCAGCCACACCAUCAGCAAAGUUACGGUGAAAAUCGGGGACCUCAAACGCACCAAAAUGGUUCGAACCAUCAACCUGUACUACAACAACAGGACUGUGCAGGCCAUCGUGGAGCUCAAGAACAAACCAGCACGUUGGCACAAAGCUAAGAAAGUACAGCUGACUCCAGGCCAGACGGAGGUGAAGAUCGACCUGCCCCUGCCCAUCGUGGCCUCCAACCUCAUGAUCGAGUUCUCAGAUUUCUACGAGAACUACCAGGCGUCCACUGAGACCCUCCAGUGCCCGCGCUGUAGUGCCUCUGUCCCUGCCAACCCCGGGGUCUGUGGCAACUGUGGGGAAAAUGUCUACCAGUGCCACAAAUGCAGAUCAAUCAACUACGAUGAGAAAGACCCGUUCCUGUGCAACGCUUGUGGUUUCUGUAAAUAUGCUCGGUUUGACUUCAUGCUCUAUGCCAAACCCUGCUGCGCUGUGGACCCCAUUGAGAACGAAGAGGACAGGAAGAAGGCCGUGACAAACAUCAACACUCUUUUGGACAAAGCAGACAGAGUUUACCACCAGCUCAUGGGCCACAGACCUCAGCUGGAGAGCCUGCUAUCCAAGGUCAAUGAGGCUGCACCAGAGAAACCACAGGAUGACACAGGAGCUGCUGCAGGUCUGGGUACGUCUUCGGCAAACGUCAACCGCUACAUCCAACAGCUCGCCCAGGAGUACAGCGGAGACUGCAAAACCUCAUUCGAUGAACUCUCGAAGAUUAUACAGAAAGUCCUUGCGUCUCGUAAAGAAUUAUUGGAGUACGAUCUUCAGCAGCGAGAAGCAGCCACCAAAUCCUCCCGUAACAGCAGCAGUCACCAGCCCACGUUCACUGCGUCUCAGUACCGUGCCCUCUCUGUGCUCGGCUGUGGCCACACCUCCUCCACCAAAUGCUACGGAUGUGCUUCUGCAGUCACUGGGCACUGCAUCACUCUGCUCAGGGCCCUGGCCACUAACCCCGCCCUCAGGCAGAUACUGGUACUGCAGGGGCUGAUCAGAGAACUGUUUGAGUACAAUCUGAGGAGAGGGACUGCAGCCAUGAGGGAGGAGGUCCGCCAACUCAUCUGUCUACUCACAAGAGAUCACCCAGAAGCCACUCAACAGAUGAACGACCUGAUCAUCGCCAAAGUGUCCGCAGCCCUCAAAGGUCACUGGGCCAAUCCUGAUCUGGUUAGUAAUCUUCAGUACGAGAUGCUACUGCUGACAGAUUCAAUCUCCAAAGAGGGAGGAUGUUGGGAGCUGCGUCUGCGCUGUGCUCUGAGCCUGUUCCUGAUGUCAGUGAACAUAAAGACUCCUGUUGUGGUGGAGAACAUCACUUUAAUGUGUUUGAGGAUUCUCCAGAAACUCAUCAAGCCUCCCGCACCAACCAGCAAGAAGAACAAGGAUGCUGCUGUAGAGUCCCUCACCACCAUCAGACCGUACAGUAAUGAGAUCCAUGCCCAGGCUCAACUCUGGCUCAAGAAGGACCCCAAAGCUUCGUACGAGGCCUGGAAGAAAUGUCUCCCAGCAAGAUGUCAAGAGAACACGCCCAAACCACAGAAUAAAGCAGAGUUGAGGAGGCAGUACCUGCUGGAGAAAUACGCCUGGAAAUGGAAGCAGUUCAUGAGAUCCAGAAAAGGAGAUGGUCUGUUCCCACGACUGCUCAAACUCAGCCACAACAACUGGCUUCGACAGGUUCUGUUUACUCCGGCCACUCAAGCAGCGAGACAAGCCGCCUGCACCAUCGUAGAAGCCCUGACCACCAUCCCCAGUCGCAAACAACAAGUCCUAGACCUUCUCACCAGUUAUCUGGAUGAGCUGAGUGUAGCUGGAGAAUGUGCAGUGGAGUAUCUAGGCCUGUAUCAGAAGCUCAUCAAACCCACUCACUGGAAAGUUUACCUGGCCGCUCGGGGAGUCCUGCCCUACAUCGGCAACCUCAUCACCAAGGAAAUUGCAAAUCUUCUGGCCCUGGAAGAGGCCACUUUGAGCACAGACCUGCAGCAAGGCUAUGCACUCAAAAGCCUCACUGGCUUGCUCUCCUCUUUUGUGGAGGUGGAGUCCAUAAAGCGUCACUUUAAAAGCCGGCUGGUGGGCACGGUGCUCAACGGAUACCUGUGUCUGAGGAAACUGGUGGUGCAAAGGACCAAACUGAUCGACGAGACUCAGGACAUGCUGCUGGAGAUGCUCGAAGACAUGACCACAGGUACAGAGUCGGAGACCAAAGCGUUCAUGGCGGUGUGCAUUGAAACAGCCAAGAGGUACAAUCUGGACGACUACAGGACCCCGGUGUUUAUAUUUGAAAGGCUCUGCAGCAUUAUCUACCCUGAGGAGAACGAGGUGACGGAGUUCUUUGUGACUCUGGAGAAAGACCCGCAGCAGGAGGAUUUCCUUCAGGGCCGGAUGCCUGGGAAUCCCUACAGCAGCAACGAGCCCGGGAUCGGCCCUCUCAUGAGGGACAUCAAGAAUAAGAUCUGUCAGGACUGUGACCUGGUGGCUCUGCUGGAGGACGACAGCGGCAUGGAGCUUUUGGUGAACAACAAAAUCAUCAGUUUGGAUCUGUCAGUGGCUGAAGUUUACAAGAAAGUGUGGUGCCCUACAAAUGAGGGUGAGCCCAUGAGAAUAAUCUACAGGAUGAGAGGUUUACUGGGAGAUGCUACAGAGGAGUUCAUUGAAUCAUUGGACUCCACCACAGAUGAGGAAGAGGACGAUGAGGAGGUGUACAAAAUGGCUGGAGUGAUGGCUCAGUGUGGAGGACUCGAGUGUAUGCUCAACAGACUGUCAGGAAUCAAGGACUUCAAACAAGGGAGACAUCUGCUCACUGUCCUGUUGAAGUUGUUUAGUUACUGUGUAAAGGUGAAGAUCAACCGGCAGCAGCUUGUCAAACCAGAAAUGAACACACUCAACGUCAUGUUAGGGACUCUCAACCUGGCGUUGGUGGCUGAGCAGGAGAGUAAAGACAGCGGAGGAGCAUCCAUAGCUGAACAGGUCCUGAGCAUCAUGGAGAUCAUUCUGGACGAAGCCAAUGCAGAGAUUUCAGAAGAUAAGGGAAACCUGCUGCUGGCUGGGGACAAAGAUCAGCUGGUGAUGUUGUUAGAUCAGAUCAACACGCCCUUCGUCCGCUCCAACCCCAGUGUUUUACAAGGCCUCCUGAGAAUCAUCCCCUACCUGUCCUUCGGAGAGCUGGAGAAGAUGAGGAUCCUGGUGGAGCGCUUCAAACCAUGCUGCAGUUUUGACAAGUAUGACGAGGAGCACAGUGCGGAUGAAAAGGUGUUUUUAGACUGUUUCUGUAAAAUCGCUGCAGGAAUCAAAAACAACAGCAACGGGCACCAGCUGAAAGACCUGAUCCUCCAGAAGGGAAUCACUCAGAGCGCUCUGGACUACAUGAAGAAACAUAUCCCCAAUGCAAAAAAUCUGGAUGCAGAUGUGUGGAAAAAGUUCCUCUCUCGACCAGCGCUGCCUUUCAUUCUUAGACUUCUUCGUGGUUUAGCAACGCAACAUCCUCCAACACAGGUUUUGAUAGGGACAGACUCCAUCACAAACCUGCACAAACUGGAGCAGGUUUCCAGUGACGAGGGCAUCGGGACGCUGGCGGAGAACCUCCUGGAGGCUCUGAGGGAACACAGCGAUGUGAACCUGAAGAUCGACGCCGCGCGGAGAGAGACCAGAGCUGAGAAGAAGCGCAUGGCCAUGGCAAUGAGGCAGAAGGCACUGGGCACGCUGGGCAUGACGACCAACGAAAAGGGGCAGGUGGUUACCAAAACUUCGCUGUUGAAGCAAAUGGAGGACCUGAUAGAGGAGCCGGGCCUGACCUGCUGCAUCUGUAGAGAGGGAUACAAGUUCCAGCCUACCAAAGUGCUGGGUAUUUACACCUUCACAAAGAGAGUGAACCUGGAGGAGUUUGAGAACAAGCCUCGUAAACAGCAGGGCUACAGCACUGUCUCGCACUUUAACAUUGUCCACUACGACUGUCAUUUAGCUGCUGUCAGACUGGCGCGAGGUCGGGAAGAGUGGGAGAGCGCUGCUUUACAGAACGCCAGUACCAAGUGCAAUGGGCUACUUCCGGUUUGGGGGCCGCAUGUGCCAGAAUCAGCCUUCGCUACGUGUUUAGCAAGACACAACACAUAUCUGCAGGAGUGCACGGGGCAGAGGGAGCCCACGUACCAACUCAACAUCCACGACACGAAGCUGCUGUUCCUGCGCUUUGCCACCGAGCAGUCGUUCAGCGUGGACACGGGAGGAGGAGGGAGAGAAAGCAACAUCCACCUCAUCCCCUACAUCAUCCACACAGUGCUCUACGUGCUCAACACCACAAGAGCCACCUCCCGGGAGGAGAAGAACCUGCAGAGUUUCCAGGAGCAGCCGUGUGAGAAGUGGGUGGAGAGUUCGUAUGAGGUGGAAGGCCCUCACUAUUACACCAUCCUGGGCAUGCACAUCCAGCCCCCCGAGCGCUGGAGGACCACCCGCCUCUACUUCCUCCGACGCCUUCUGCUCACCGCACAUGCACGCAGGGUCUCCACCGCCACCACCAACAAACUCACAGAUAAAGCGCCAAAGGAAUACGCCGUUUACCGCUCCCCGCUUCUCUUCUGGGGGCUGGUGGACCUGGUCUAUGACAUGUUCAGGAAGGUGCCCACCAGUACCACGGAGGGCGGCUGGUCCUUCUCGCUGGCAGAGUACGUGCGCCACAACGACAUGCCCAUCUACGAGGCGUCUGAGAGGGUGCUCCGAGCUUUCCAGGAUGAGCUCAUGCCCGCAGAGAGCCUGGCAGAGUUCUUCGAUGUCGUAGGUCUGCUGUCUGAAAUCCCAGACCCGGACUCGUUCCUACAGGAUGUGUUGAGCUCUGUGCCCUAACGCCACUCCUCUCUCUCUCUCCGCCUCUCUCCAAAAACAAGUGGCCCAAAAUUACUGAAUUAAAACCAGGACUCACUCAAACCAUUAACAAAUACUUUUUUUAUUUUCGCACUGCUAGAUCUCCAUAACACCAAGCUUCUACUCACUUCCCUCUCCUUCCACAAAACAUCCAGAACAGAAAAUAAGAAAACAUAACAAAAUACAAAGCUGGUAAAAUGUUUGGAGAAUCCUUAUGAUAUUUGGGUGCAAUAUUUAAAUCCUGAGUGGCAUUUGGUUUUAUCUUUUUGUUUGGGUUGAUGCUUUUAAAACAGUUAGGAGCAGGUUUCAAUAGUUAUGUCUGUUUUCUUUAAAACUUUUGUUGUUUUUCAUGUAACUGGAAUUACAUUUUUUCUUCUGUUUUUAUUAACUUUACCACAGCAACAGAGGGAAAAGCAGUGAAUUUAAAUGCCCAAAUAAACCCCUAAUUUUUUUGAAAUAAGUUAUUAAAUUCAGAAUAAAUUGUCAUGUUAUAUCUUGAACACAUUUCUGCCUUGACUUAUGUGUUUGUGACUAUACUUUCUUGGAUUUUUUGGUUUGUUUUACCCCAAACAACAUCUGGAAAUGUGAAUCCGAAUGCAUGGAGUGUGGAGUUGAUGCAGAUUUCUUCUCAAUUUCUUUCCCGCUGCUAAAACUGUUUUUGUCCAACUGUCGCUGAAUGUCUGCUUUUGGAAACUUUAGCCGAGAAUUAAUAAAGCCCUAAUUAUUCUAUCUGAACCUGAAA